ACCCUUUCCUUGCCAUUCGUGAAAUCUGGAACAGGAGCGUCUUUAGGUCGAUCAAUUAGUGUGGAUCCGGCCUCACCACUCCUCCAUGUCAUUCUAUUAGUCUAGAUCCGGCUAGCAAUUCUAGCUGGGACUCCCAGUUCUAGCUCCUUUUGUUUAGCGUGUCAGAGACUGGGAGAAGAUGAUUGGCACUCCCUGGCUCCUUUGGAUGUACAGCUGUCCAGAUCCCUAGAACAUACCCUCCAUUCUGACGAGUUAUCAGUGCAUAGGGUGCUUACUAGAUUCUUGCCAGCCAGUACAGUUCAAGCUACACACAGCACCGCUCAACUAUUCUCUACCCCAUUAUCUAGCUAAAUCUGGUCCAACUAGACAGCAGACACAGCUAGUUAAUUCAGUAAAGCCAGGGGUAGCCCUACUUCUACGGUUGUUCAGUACCCACGGUAACAAUUCCUCUGGGCUGGGCUAACUAGUUGAGCCACGCCUCCCAAUUCUCAAGGCUAGGUACAUGUCUCUGUCUAGCUGCUUCUUCAGCUUCUUGCUCAGUUUUGUGGCUUAGAGAAAGGCCAGCUACUCAGGGGGAAGAGUCCAGAUGAAAGUCUGGCAGCCAGGUGACGUCCAAACGGUCAGUUAUUCUUUCCACCAACUUUUUAAUCUAGUCUAGUCCUGCUUGCACUGCUACUACUACUGCUGCUACUCUUCCUAGCUAGUCAAAGGUUUCUUUUUUUUUUUUUACAUAUGCACAAAGAGACAUCAAAGCUUACAUCAAAGGACACAGAUUUUUAGCCUACUUGACUGAUAAGGCGGUUACCUAGACUACAGUUUGUUUGUCAGGGAGGAGCUCACAUACAACUUCAUCUAAUUCAUCAUAACGAUUCCUUACCCAUUGUUGUAAUUUCUACAACAGAUUGCCAAGUUCAAUGGCAGCUGGGAAGUUUAAGAUAGCUUUAAUACAGCUAACAGUUGGAAAAGACAAGAAUGCAAACCUUCACAAGGCGGAGAGCCUGAUCAGGGAAGCUGCUGAAAAUAACGCAAGAGUCAUUUCUCUCCCUGAGUGCUUCAACUCUCCGUACGACACGGGCUGUUUCCCUGACUAUGCUGAGACCAUCCCAGGUGGUAUUACCAGUGAUUGUCUCUCCAAACUUGCUAGAGAGUGUAGGAUCUACCUAAUUGGUGGAUCUAUUCCAGAGAAGGAUGGAGACAAUUUUUACAAUACGUGUGCUGUGUUUGGACCUCAGGGAGAUUUUCUAGGAAAGUACAGGAAAAUGCACCUAUUUGAUAUUGACAUUCCUGGGAAGAUAAAGUUCAAGGAGUCUGUUACCCUCACUGGAGGAAGUGAACUUUUCACAUUUGACACAGAGUGGUGUAAGAUUGGAAUUGGUAUCUGUCGUGACAUUAGAUUCCCUGAGCUAGCAUCUCUCUACGCACAAAAAGGCUGCAAGUUGAUAUGCUACCCAGCAGCUUUCAGCAUGAUAACUGGACCACCGGAUUGGGAAGUACUGAUUAGAGCAAUUGCCUUGCAGAACCAGCUGUAUGUUACGGCCAUCAGUCCUGCUAGAGAUGACUCUCCUGGGGCGUGUUACACUGCAUACGGGCACUCUAUGAUCUCAAAUCCAGGAGGUGAUGUUAUCGCCUCUACAAAAGAAAAAGAAAGUAUAGUGUACGGUGAGGUGGACUUGAAAAGGCUUGAUGAAAUCAGAGAAGGACUACCCCUAAUGAUUCAAAAACGAUAUGACGUAUAUUCUCCUGUUAAAGUAAUUACUGCCGGUGUAUGUAAGGUGUGUCAUAAUUAAGUCAGUCUAUAUUAUAAUUAUGUGUAAUGUUUA